AUGUUCAAAAGGAACAAGGCCCUUGAACGCAAGAGAGAGUUACUCUUUCAAGGAUUUCCGCGGCCAGUAAUGAAGAAUAUGAGAAAUUUUCACUCUUUGUCAGAACUUGUGCUCUCAGCCGGCCCUCUGAAGUCAAAUCAGGCAACAAGACAUUCAAAAAGUACUCACUUUGAGAUCGAAAUACUUGAUGCUCGCACAAGGAGACAGAUAUGUAUUUUGGAUAAGAUGCCACAUACAUCUACUAUUCAUGAUGUUAAACAAAAAUUUCAUAAAUCAUGUCCAAAGUGGCACCCUUCUCGUAUUGGCCUACAGCUAGAAUGUGGUGGACCUUUUCUGAAAGAUGAUACAUCUAUUCAAAGAAUUGCUGCCUCCUCAAUUGUCACACUCUAUUUUAUAGACUUGGGUCGACAAGUCAGUUGGACCACAGUAUUUUUGGCUGAAUACACAGGGCCUCUGCUAAUAUACCUCCUCUUUUAUCUGAGAGUCUCCUAUAUAUAUGAUGUGAAAGAAAGUUCUAGAAAAGUACGCCACCCUGUAGUACAUUUGGCUUGCUUCUGCCACUGUAUUCACUACAUACGAUUCCUUUUGGAAACUUUAUUUGUUCACAAAGUUUCUACAGGAAAUACACCUUUAAAAAACUUAAUAAAGGGUUGUGCCUUUUAUUGGAUAUUCACUUCUUGGAUUGCCUACUACAUUAAUCACCCACUAUAUACACCACCAUCAUUUGGAAACAGGCAAAUCACAGUGUCUGCUAUCAGUUUUCUGAUUUGCGAAGCUGGGAAUCAUUUCAUCAAUGUGAUCUUAGCUCAUCCUAAUCAUACAGGAAAUAAUGCUUGUUUCCCAAGUCCAAAUUAUAACCCUCUUACAUGGAUGUUUUUCCUGGUUUCAUGUCCUAACUACACUUAUGAGAUUGGAUCAUGGAUUAGUUUCACGGUAAUGACUCAAACACUGCCAGUUGGGAUUUUUACACUUCUGAUGAGUAUCCAAAUGUCUCUGUGGGCACAGAAAAAGCAUAAGAUUUACUUGAAGAAAUUCAAUCCACACCUGCACAGGAAAUCAGCAAUAAUUCCAUUUUUACUGUAA